GCUGCCUGGAAUUAAAAGAAGACACCAUUGAAAACCUUCUGGCAGCUGCCUGCCUUCUCCAGCUCCCCCAAGUAGUGGAGGUUUGCUGCCAUUUUCUAAUGAAGCUUUUGCACCCAUCCAACUGCUUGGGAAUACGAGCGUUUGCUGAUGCACAAGGGUGCACAGAGCUUAUGAAGGUGGCUCACAACUACACCAUGGAGAAUAUAAUGGAAGUUAUAAGAAAUCAAGAAUUUUUACUUCUACCUGCUGAAGAACUCCAUAAACUUCUUGCCAGUGAUGAUGUGAAUGUUCCUGAUGAAGAGACCAUUUUCCAUGCCUUAAUGAUGUGGGUGAAAUAUGAUAUGCAGAGGCGAUGCAAUGACCUAAGUAUGCUGCUUGCUUAUAUCAGAUUACCACUCCUUCCACCUCAGAUAUUGGCUGACCUGGAAAAUCAUGCACUUUUUAAGGAUGACCUAGAAUGUCAGAAGCUUAUUCUGGAAGCCAUGAAAUAUCAUCUUUUACCAGAAAGAAGAACUCUCAUGCAAAGUCCAAGAACUAAGCCUAGAAAAUCUACAGUUGGAACGCUUUAUGCUGUUGGAGGAAUGGAUAACAACAAAGGAGCUACAACUAUUGAAAAGUAUGAUCUCAGAACAAACAUAUGGAUUCAGGCUGGAGUAAUGAAUGGCAGGAGGCUUCAGUUUGGUGUUGCUGUCAUCGAUGACAAGCUGUUUGUCAUUGGAGGCCGGGAUGGUUUGAAGACAUUAAACACUGUUGAGUGUUACAAUCCAAAGACCAAGGCUUGGACUGUGUUACCACCUAUGUCAACACAUAGGCAUGGCUUAGGAGUUACAGUGCUUGAAGGGCCUAUUUAUGCGGUGGGAGGACACGAUGGUUGGAGUUAUUUGAACACAGUUGAGAGGUGGGACCCUCAAAGUCAGCAGUGGACAUUUGUGGCAAGUAUGUCAAUUGCCAGAAGCACUGUUGGAGUAGCAGCAUUAAAUGGCAAGUUAUAUUCGGUUGGAGGUCGGGAUGGAAGUUCAUGUUUGAGUUCAAUGGAAUAUUAUGAUCCUCACACAAAUAAAUGGAAUAUGUGUGCUCCUAUGUGCAAGAGAAGAGGAGGUGUAGGAGUGGCUACCUGUGAUGGCUUUCUUUAUGCAGUUGGAGGUCACGAUGCUCCUGCUUCUAAUCACUGCUCUCGACUGCUGGACUAUGUGGAAAGAUAUGACCCAAAAACUGAUACAUGGACAAUGGUGGCUCCACUGAGUAUGCCUCGAGAUGCUGUUGGUGUUUGUCUCCUUGGUGACAAAUUAUAUGCAGUAGGUGGCUACGAUGGUCAAUCAUACCUGAACACGAUGGAAGCAUAUGAUCCUCAAACUAAUGAGUGGACACAGAUGGCGUCCUUAAAUAUUGGAAGGGCUGGCGCCUGUGUUGUAGUCAUCAAACAACCGUGACACUGUCAGCCCUGCUUAGGAUUUUACUGACUGUGAAAUGAUUAUUUUUCUACGAGACAAAGAGAAUGAUAACUUCACAAGAACAAGGAUCUACACAGUGAAUACACUGUUGAUCGCAAACUUGAAGAACUUUGAAAGUGACAAAGAUUAAGUAUUUAUGCCCUAUAAAAUCAUAAAACCGUUCACAGUCAGUGAACAAGGAAAAAGCCCCCAGAGUAUUGUAGGCGUAAAUAUGUGAAUGUAGAGUAGUAAGUUCAGGUAUUGUUCUCAUCAAUGCAUCCUUGAGAACUGGAUAAUCAUGGGAAACCUGCACAAAGAGUGGAAAGGAAUAUGAGAACAGUUUUCAUGGCUGCAAGAUAACUGCAGAAACAUGAAAGUUUAUUUAAUCAAUUUUUAAUUGUGUUUUUUAAAAGAGAAAAGUGGGUAGUAAUAUAAUUUUUUUUGCUGUUCAAGUCUUGUCUUCAAAUGGGUUAUGGUCUUCUCAUUUAAAUGAUCAGUUUGACUUUACUGAAAAGAAGAGCUCAAAUGGUCUGGAUAUUCAUAGUGACUGAGCUGUGACUCUAAAGCAGGAAGAAACACAAAACUAAAAGUAGACUUUUUUGCAACUUCAGGUUGUACAUCCUCACCUGUAUUAAUGCAUCUUAUAAAUUAGUCUGUUGAGGGGGAAGCCUGUGUGUUUAAUCAAGUAAUAUAAAGCAGUCCUGUCCCUGCACUGGGGCUUUGUUGCAAAUAUGGGAGUCAAAGAAACAGUAACCUAAUUAUUUUUUAAUCUCAUAUUCAAUUUAAGCAUGUGGGCUCUAACCUCAUUGUUUAAUGCAUCCACUGCAUGUUGGAAGCUCAUGACAAGCUGGAAAAUUGAUCCCCUUAUUUUGCUGCAUCACGUUAAUGGAUGAACAAUGACAAGAACAGUCUAUAGAGACUCUUCUAACAUUUCAAAAGGGAGAAAAUUCCUACAUUUUAUUUCUUUCUGAUGCUUGUACAUACACGAUUUUGCCUACUUAGAGCUGCAAAUUUAUUACUUUCCACUUGUGACUGAGAAUAACUGCAAGUCAGGAAAUCAGAAUAAAUGCAAGUGGAAUAAGGAAAAUUAGACAAUUUGAUCCAAUAAAUUUCAUAUGGUAAAUAUACUAUUGUCAUCUGUGCUUCCCUUUAGGAUUGAUAAUUUCUGCCAGUAAUGAUAGCUUGAGCUUUUGAUUUGGCAGUAGAUUUGGUGCUGAUGCUUUCUGUCUGCUCAGCUGAAUCAGUUAGAACCUAAGGGCACUACUGGAAUAUGAAAUCCUGCUCCUUAGGGAUGCACAGUUUCUGGGAAUAGGGCACCAAAUAUACUUCUCUAAAGCCUUGCUGAUCCUAUAGAAAACAAUUUAUGGCCCAAAAGCCAAAACUUCACAAUCCUCUGUCACUAGCAAUUUUGAGAAGGAAUUCUGGUCGCACUAAAAUGAGUUUUCUUAGGGGAAACCUCUGCAAUCAUUUGAGAUGAAAAAAUAUGUAGAACUUCCAUCUUGAGACAUUUGAUUUGAAGGUGUGUCUUUCCUUCUAACUGCAUCAGUAUGCAUGGAGGUCCUUGUUUACUGACGUAAGUUGAAUUGCAAUUGUGAAGCCUAAGUAUAUGGAUUUAAAUCUUUUAAAUAUUUCUCUGUCCUAAUUUGGAAUCAGCUGAAAACACUUCAACAUUAAUUUUCCACAGCCAGUUGCCUUUUGAAUUGCAAUUAGUCUUUCACAGACAAACAUAUGAAUUUUUCUCCAACUACAACAAGCUGUUGAAUAGAAAUGUUACCUCUCUAAAGAUUUUGCUUCACAUAAGCACAAGUUUUGGACACCAAAUGAAGAAGAUUCUAAAAUUAUAACUGUAAUUUAAUAUAUAUAUUGGCAUUCAGAACUCCUACAGAGAUAGCUAAAGAACGUAGAAAUUGAAUUUUAAUUCUAUUCCCAGAACUUUCUUUUGAUUUCAUUAUAUUAAUAUAUAAUAGAAAUAUUAUCACUCUACCUGUACACCGAUCUUCAAAGGCGAAUUAUUCCUACUAAUUUCAUUCUGUGCCAAAUUUGUUUAAAGUGCCUUGAUCAUUAUUUUCUUCCAUUUAUCCUCAUUUCAUUUUUGAUUCUCAGUUUCCUUUUCUACUUUUUCAAUUUGGUUUUAAUUUGCCAAAAGGAUUCUCAUGUGAAUUUUUUCAGUCUAUUCCACUUCUCAUAUUUUGAAACCAUAAAAUUUGUAUUUGUUUUAUUUUGAUUAUGUAAAAUCUAGCCACAAUAAGAAUCAAAAUUGGCUUUCAUAUUUAUACAAGUGUUACAAGUUUCUUCUAAAGAGAAUUUAUGAAAAAAAUUAAAUCUUUCUUCUUUACUAUUGUGUUUACUUUCACUGAAAAUAAUAAUAGUUUUACCUUUUCCUCAAAGAAAAUAUCUUUAAAUCCAAGUACUAUGUAAUUGUAGUCUUGUUUUCUGUGGUUCAUUAAAACCAUCUUACACUUUCUCAUGUAUAAGUGUUAAAAUCACUUCUGAUGCACUGAAUUGUGCUAAACAAUGUUAAGUUUACUUAUUAAGAAAGCCGCUGUCUUUUCAAAAAACAGGUGAACUAGUUCAUCUACCAUUAUUUAUUUUCUCUCACAUGAUCUCUUUGAUUUCAAAGUAUGAAAAUCACAGGGAAAUCAGAGCUGCGACAAACAUUAAUUUUACUGAAAUCGAUGAAUAAAUUCCUUGAAAUGUAGAUAUUUCCUAAAAAGCUGGAACCCUUGUAUAUCUACAUAUCUGAACAUGUCAAUUAAUACCUAUUCUUUAGUGGAGCUUUUUAGUAUUGACACUACAUCCAAUUUCAUAGGAAAAUUUUACAUUGUUAUCAAAGUCACAAAUAAGCUAUGAAUAUUAUUUCAUUUCAUUUAGUUACAAUUGUUCAAUAAUUAUUUUAAUAUAUGUUCUUGCAAUCAAAAUACUUAUAUUGUUUAAAAAUCAGAAGUAAAUUUUUAAAAAUCAUUUUACAUAUAGAACAGACUUUUUAUUCAUAUCAAACUUGUCCAAUUAUUAAGACAAUAUUAGGAUGCUUUCAGGGAGUUGCCUGCCUCAUAAUUUUACUCUGUUAAGCUAACAUUACUUGAUGUAAGGGAACAAUUUUAGCAUAGACGAAGGAUCAUUUCCUUGGAUACCAUUUUCUUCUAAAGAAACCUGCUAUCAAUUGACCAUUAUUUUGAAAAUGCUUAAAAUAUAUCUAGAAAUAUAUAUUUAUUAUAUCUAUAAUCUUAUCUCUAUGUAUUAUUCAGAUAUUUUCAGCAUGUUUAGAAGGCCCUAAAUAAAUUCCCAUAAAUAUGAUUAUGUUUUAAACAUUUUCUAUUAUUUCAAUAAAAGUAACUCACAAAAGAAAUUUGAGUUAUGCAAGUUAUAUGCAAGUUUUAAUGGCUCAGACUUGAUGUCCAUGAGCAAAAACCAGAAAAGCUGUAAAUUGUGAUUAGGAAUGAAAUACACUUUUUCCACAAGACAAUUUGCAUUCUGGAAAACUUUCCUUAUUAUUUUGCUCACAAUGAGCUGGGGAAAGAAAUGUGACCUAUGACCUAUGUUAUCUAUGAAUUUACAUUAGUUAUUUCAUGAGGAAUAAAUAGAGAAGGCAUUUCCACAAAGACUUCAUAAAAGCUCUUGUAACUUCCUUCAAAUAGCAGUAAUAGAUUCCAUCAUUUAAAUUGUAAAAUAUCAAAUUAUUGGAUUUUUUGCAUUUACUGUAUCAAAUAAAUGAGCAUACACUAGGCGAUGCAGGCUUACUUCCAGCUCAGAAUCUCAAUAUGUUAAAAUAACUCCAGAUAUAUUUCUUUAAAAACAGAUUAUCCAUGCAGUAUAUCUGUUCUAACUUAAAUGAGAAUGCAUAAAAUUUUCAGCAGAAUAAUUAUUCUUCAGCAUUAUUCUAAAUCCAGUGUAUAGCUGCUCAAAUUUGCAUAACCUUGCAAUUCAUUGCAAAUUCCCUCAUUAUAGUUCUGCUUCAUAGUUCAUGGGGACUGGGUACACUCUGGGACAGAGAAACCAGUGAAAAUCAUUAUAUCAGCAUAAGCUUGAUUUCCACAUGCAGGACUACAGCUGUCAGAUAUUAAACCAUAAAGAAAAUUGCUAGCACAGGUAAGAAUUGUGGUGACAGGGAACAAUACAGCUUCGAAUCACUGGCUAUUCACAUCUUCACCUUGGGGAAUUUGUGUAGCUGCCAAAUCCAUCACCUGCUAAGAGUUGCAAAAGUAUUCAAAGCUGAGGUGUAAGCUGCUUACACGUCUAUCACCCCAUACUUUCCCGGAUUUCCCAUGAUGAUUAAAAUAUGGACAAAAAUUAAAAUAAUGAUGAUGAUAAAUCCAUUCUUGCAGAAGUCUAGUACUGCUCAGAAUUAGGUCUGUGAACCAGGUUCAUGUUCACUUUUCCUUGCUCAGGUGGCCUAGGUUGUGUGUUGAGUCUGGUGACAUUUUUAGUGAACUCUUUCUAAUGUCCCCAAGAAAAGUGUUGUAAGAGGGCUGCCUUUGAUGGCCUCCAGGAAGAAAUGAUGUUUCAAAGGUGAGAGGUUUCCAUUAAAUAGAUGAGCAUUCAGUUUAGUCACCCCCACAUAAGUACCUGAUACCAUGUGAGAUGCCCAAAAUUAUCUAAGUCAUCCACACUGGGCUGGCACAUAUGACACAGAUGAAGUUAUGGAAUGGUAACAGGAGGUUGAAUGGGCUGUAAAGUAUCCCAGAUGAUAUUAGAUACCUUUUUGUAGGCAAAUAGAAUCCAUGAUCCCAUAUAUACAUACAUAUAUAUAUAUAUAUAUAUAUAUAUAUAUAUAUAUAUGUAUGCAUAUGCACUCAGUGCCACUAGUUAUUUGAAAUUAUUAUCUAACAACCCACCUGUGUGAUGGGACAGCCUGAAUUUAAAAAUAUUUUACUUCUGGUUGCUUAAGCUUGAAAAUAUUAACCUCAGUUGUUCAAUGAAUGAUACAAAUAGUGAGAAUAGGUGUGAUAUCCAUUAAUACUUAAUAAUGCUGGCAAGUAUGGGAAAUGCUAACUUGUAGAGAUCCUCUUUAUAUGGAAAAUUAUCUUUUUUUGCAUCACUUCAGUCAAAAAUAUGUUCUGUAACCAAGUCAGGAGUCAAUCACCCUUGCUCAGCAGUUAUUGAAAAAAAUCACCAACAUUGGUUGUUAUUACCUAAUGUACACUUUUUGGGUUUUUUCUUCUAUUUAACAGUAAAAUGUUUCUGAGUGCCAUUUUGUGAAGGUUUGGGUGGCACAUUUCAGUCACAUUGUGGAAAAUCUCACAUAGAGACAUAGUGUGAACACAGACUAUUUGGCUUAGGUUUUUUCUUGUUUGUAUAUCUGUAUAUUUUUCCAGGAUAUCAGUUAAUUUUAAAUGGCCGUUUAUUCCAUUUGAAAGGUGAAAGAGAAAGAAGACUUGCUAUAGCAGGCUGAAUGGAUAAAUAUUCAUGUUGUAAUAAAGAGGGUUCUACUGCACAAAUGUCCACAUCAGAAUUAUACAUCCAAAGGAUUUUCUUAUAGGCAGAGUAGAAAAAUCACUAUUUCCAGGACAUGAUUCAUCACAUUAAUAGGUGAAAUAAAUCACACUUUAAAAAUGUGUUUCUCUCCAUUGAUUGCAAAAGUGCUUAAAAUGACUAGUUCAGGCAGAAUUACUUAAGCUGGAUAAGAUGCAUCUCUACCCUUUGAGAAUUGCCUAGAAAGAACUGGCCCCACAAACAUUUAUUUCCAAUAAAUAUGACAGGAAUUUAAUUUAGAAUAUAACUCCAAGAUUCAAAUAUGCAUUGAACAAAAAACAAUUUCUCUGUUCUGAAAUCAAACACUUAUGAUAUUCAGAAAGUGCAUAAUUUGGAGCUUUCAAAUUACAGGCAAAGGUAGAAAAAUAUAUCUCUUUGUUAACCUAGAAGGAGAAAAAGUGUUCAUAAAAUUGCACCUGCAGAUCCUGGUUACCUAAAUUUUUAGAUAUCCUGUAUUUGAGGGAUAGGGGAGCAAACUAAUACAGUAACCUACAAGAUAUAUCUAUAAAAUUAAACUUCACAAACUUUCAGAACAUGAAAUAGGAUUGUAUAAAACAAGAAUUGUUGUAAUCAAUGGGCAUCAUUAUUCCAGGCCCUUGUGUGGGAAGAGAAAAACUGGAGGAAAGCAGACAUCUCCCAUCAGAUGGGUCAUGUCAGCCAAAUGUAGGCAUACAGAAAAAUCACCUCCUUGAAAUACAUUGUUUUCCUCUUUGAUUUAUAAGGGUGCCAAUGAGAAUAACCAGAUUUAGGUACCUAAAUUAGUAGAAAUACCAACAAUGAAGUGUAAAAAAAUGCCAAUAGUAUGAUAUAUCUGAAAUUGUAAAUCAACUUGACUUGCUAAUAGAUUUAUCCAUGUUAUCGUUUAUCUCACCAAUCGUUUACACCAUACUACAUAUUCUUUGACAGCUCUACGUAUAUAGAUAAUUAAAGAUAUAUAUUUUAUGUGAUCAAAAUCAACUUUUGAAAUAACAUUCAUUGUACAUCUAAUGUAGGUGAAUUUUUGUUUUUAUGAAAGUUCACGGUUUUGUGCAGUUCUGUACAAAGUGCAAAACACUGGAUUAAUUGUUCAUUUCAUUAUAAACUGUGAAUGUUUAGCACCUUCUAAAACCACAGACCAUAUUCUUUGCUCUUUAAAAUCAAAUGCUUAUUUUUUUAUUCCAUUUUUCAAAAUUGUGGCUAUAUUUUACAUAAGACAUGAAACAUAUGUUUAUGUAUCUAGAACCUUGCAGAAAAAUACAUGUCAGGAUUCUGUUAGAAUGAGAAUAAAAAAUGCACAAACUUUUAUAAAUGUAUUUUCUAUGUCACGUACUUAACAUAUCUUUUGUUAUGUUUAGUUGACUUCAGGAAACUGAGUCAGAAUUCUUUAAAAAUUUAUAAAGAAAAUGAAACCAAGAUUUUGGUUCAAAGAAUUUAAAGAAUAAACUUUACUUGCUUGACUGUUAUCAUUCCCCUCUGCCUUCCUAAAAAGCAUAAACAACAACCAAAAAAAAAGAAGAACCCCAGAUAAGUUCCAAGUCCUUUUUAAUUUCAGUGUACAUUUAAUAAUUUAUAUUGUCAUACAUUAUGAUUAUUUGUAAAAUUAGAAUUAGAGGAAGAGCUGCUACCAAACUGACGUAGAAAUAACUGUUAUGCACAGAUUGCAGGUCAUCAUUAAUUGGGGAAAUAAAAACUAGUUUUUCUAGAAUGGUCUAGUAAACACAAAGUGUCAGCAGACUUAUGCUAAUGGAUGGCUCAUUCUUUAACUAAAAUGCUUCUGCCUUCACCUUGCAUACCAAAAGAGCUUGUAUCAGAUUAUGGCUGCUUGCUUUGAGAAAGAGACUGGAAAACGAUGUCUGAGUCUUUAAUGCAAGAGAAGCAUUGUUAAAGCAGGAAUGGUGUGAUCAACAGCAUGUCACAAAUAUAAACUUUCCAGUGCUGUCAUAUGAGCAUGCAACUGUUUGCAGAUGUAUUAUAGGAUUUUUUGCAUCAAAUGGAUCCAGUCAGAAGUUUUGAAGCUUUAGUCAAAAACGAAAUCAGUAUUGAGGAAAUAUUUUGGGAUGUUGACAUAUGAGUUCACUUAGUAUGGAAAAAGAGCAACAUAAGCGUACAAUGUUUUGGAAUGUAAGACAAUAAAUACAUUAAGAAAAUGUAUAAAUAUGGUUGUAAAUACAUUCAAUUAAGCUGUCCUAAGAUUUGCAAUAUUUGCAGAGCAGUUUACUGAAUGUUAUGCUUUUACCAUGGUUCUGUUAUAUCUUGGACAUGUAUGUAUAGAAUGCAAGUGGAGACAAUAGAGCACAAUGUUAAACUCUUAACCUUUGUUUGACACAAAUUGUUUCUAAUAAAUUUGAAUAUUGAAAAUGUCACUGUGCAAAAAUAAACAUGCCUGUUUUUAUGUGUUGCA